AUGGCAUCCAGACCCCGAUCACCGGAAGCGGAAUGCCAUGAUGGAGGGCUUCGGGCAGGCCGAGGCCGUCCGCUUCACUUUCCUCAAGUGGGCAUGACGGCCGGAAAUGAGGUGCUGAACCCUUCGACGCUGCCUCCCGGUGUGGUCAUGAACGCCCAGGUUCCCGUCUUCGCGAUCCAAGGCCCCCAAGAACAGUGGCUGCGCGAGGUGGACGAAGGGCCGGGGCCGGAGUACUUCGUCAGCGGCGGCGUCUCUGAGCGGUCCGCCUUUGCCUUCCUCCCCCUCGAGGCGGGCACCCACCGGCCUCGACCGGGGGGUGAGCUCUUGGGAGAGGAUGCCUUCUACGGAAUCUAUUACAUGGAGCGUUCAGGAGGCCAGGGCACCUGGACAUAUUGGAUGCAGGGAGACUAUCCUGUCUACAUGAUCGACCGCCAGCUGUGUCGUGCCAGCGACGAGUGCUACCCGCCUCUGCAAGUGCAGGUGGAGUUUGAUCAGUGCAAAGUCGUCAACGUGGACUUCUCUUGCGAGGAGGAGGCGAUCCUGGCGCGAUGUUCGGGGAUGGACGGCGAGACGCUGGCGGAGGUGACCCUGGAACACACCGAGACCCUCCGGGGCUUGCACAAGAAGGUCCUGCGGGAGCUGUACACGCGGCGCCCCGACACGCCAGCACGAAUUCGCCUCACCUUGUUGAACGCAAGGACAGGGCAACUGCUGUCGCCGCCCCCGCCCCGCUCCGAGCCGGACAGGAAGCUCCUCGACCUGCUUUGA